AUGUCGAGGAGUCGCUGUUGGGCUCAGGUUGGCCAGGCAGCAAAGAAGCAGCUCACGGCGAGACAGCAGUGCGAAUAUGCAAAGAAGAGUCUCCUAGGGACAUCAAACCGGACUCUCUCCAGCAGCGCGAGGUCGUUACAGCCGGUUAGCAGCAGCAAUGGCAGUGGUCGCAGUUGUGGACGGAGAGACGGAGUUGCAUGGAGUAUAACGGCUGGCGAUAGUAGAGUAAGGACGGCGAUUCCAACUGCAUAUAUGACCAAGCGAGAGAUGUCCGGCAUCCGGGGGACGUAUAUGGCUUAUGGGCUUGCAAAGAGACUGUUUGCUGCCUGUUCAGAGCAGGCAGAUUACUCGAUAUCAGAGAAGCUGCGGAAGGCCGAGCAGGUCCCCAAGGCGGAGUCGGGCGAGGAGAUAGGCGAAGGCAGCGGAUGGUGGUAUGACGAGCUCGGUCUUUCCCCCACAUUCUCGUCCUGGGCUCAUGUCACCUUUAUACACAUGUAUCUCAUCACAGCUCGACUACGCGCGCUUCCUUCGCCCGAGAACUUCCAGGCAUACAACAGAUACCUGUUCGAACACUUCUCCCAGGAAUCUGAGCGGCGCAUGGUCGAGGUGCAUGGCAUCACCUCGCGCGGCAUCCGGGUCACCUACCUGAAGGACUUGUUCGAGCAGUGGAGAGGCGCCAUAGCUGCUUACGACGAAGGCUUGGUCAGGGGAGACGCCCAGCUGGCUGCUGCUGUCUGGAGGAACCUGUUCAAGGGCCUGGCCACAGACCACAAGGGCGAAGAGCUCGACUGGGCCAAGAUCGCAAAGGUCGUCAUGUACAUGCGCCGGUCCCUGGAUAAGCUGGCCGAAUUCGAGGACACGGAUCUCCUGACCGAGUUUGCCAAAGGAGCAGGGUCCGAGACCUUCUUUAGCACGGCUGAGCUGGUUAUCCCUGAGCAAGAAGAUGAGAGCGCUCAGAGCAGUAAUCUGGGGCCGCUGGGGAAGCCACUGGGGCAGCCAAGGGUUGUUUAG